ACGCCUAAACCAAAAGUUGUGAUUUAUUUACAGGCUGUCUGUCUCGUCUGUCUCUCGGUUGCAGGCUCGUUUAUCGGCUCGGAGCUAACUUUGCCGCACUAUGACCUUCUUCGGUUUAACACACCUGGGUUAUCAAAACCCAAUAGGCGAUAAAAUGAUAGUGAAUUCCAGAGGAGCGUCUCAAUUCCGGGAUGGUGAGAUUAACACCAGAGCAGGACUGCCUCCAUCUCUUCAAGGAGAACAGGGACCCCUCAGAUGUAAUGACACAUGCAGCGUUUACCACCAGCCUCUUCCCUACAGCGCUGACAUACACCAUGGGAGCCAUGAGCGAUACAAAGAGAUGGUCAAACGGGUUCAAACACCCAGGGCCCCUAACCAGCUGUACAUAAUGCCUCUAACGGACAGCCAGCAGUAUGGAUGGAUGUUGUCCAGGAAUCCUGAACCAUGGACCCAAGUCAAACGCUUUCCCCGAAAGAACAGUGAGAUGACAAAGUUUGUUAAAGAAAUGUCAGCGACAGACCCGGAGUUCAGCCUGUUCUGACAGCCUUUCUUCUUCAGUUAUGACACACACGCACACACACGCACGCAAAGCAGCAUCAAUUUUGAUGUGCAUUACGAGAUUAAAUUGAUAGCAGAUCCACUUUUUUUUGACGUUUUUCAUGCUUCAUUUCAUUUUUUUUUUACUUGCAAUCGAAAAUCUAGUUUUAUGGUAAGCUAUUUUUUACACGAGCUAUGAGUAACUAACUACCUCUCUAAAACAUUAUUUCUUAACCCUUUUAGCUCCCAACUUUUAUAAAAGAAGUCUGAAGGUAGUCCAAAGAAAUUUAGAGCAAUUUUUCAGUGUUAAACAAGCAAUAAAAAUGUACCAACUACCACAUUUUUAUUUUACAAGUCAAGAUCAAGCAGGGUCCAGACCAUAGACUGUAUAUUAAUGGACAGAGCAUGUGUGACAUCACCCAUUGGUUUA